AUGUCCAACAUUACAAACCAAAGGACUGUGGGCCGGAGUAUCUGCAUCAUCACAGGAGCCUCCAAGGCACUGGUACACACAGUGUCCUGCUGGCUGGAGCCCGGCUCUGUCCUCCUGCUGGCGGCUCGCUCUGGGACUCUGCUACAGGAGCUAAAGGAAGAGCGGCAGAGCUUCACCGAGGAACAGCAGCUGGUGGUUCACUGCGUAGCUGUCGAUCUGAACACGAGAGAGGGGGUCAAGGAAACCGUCAGGGUGGCGAGACAGGAGGCUGUAAAGUAAAUAGAUCAUCUCUCUCUCUUUCGGUCUGCAGUCACUUUGGGAGACAUUUCCCAUAUUGGGAGUUUCACCAACCUCGAGGAGAUGAACUCCUAUCCCUUGACUAAGCGUGUGAACGUCUCACCGGCCUUAGCACUGCAGCCCUUGCCGUCCUGGGUGCUCUACUGCACUGCCAAAGCAGCCAGGACGAUGAUGUUCAGGGUGCUGCCCGAGGAGCAGCCACGAGUCCUCAGUUACUCUCCAGAUAUGCAGAAGGAUAUUCUGAGGUUAACAGGCGUCAAACACUGCCAGGAGUCUGCUGACAAACUGAUGAAGCUGCUUCUCGGCGAUGACUUCAACUCAGGAGCACCUCGAAGAAUAAUGGUGUUCACCUAG